AUGGCGGCAGUGAGCGGUGAGGGGACGGAGGCGGACUCGGAUGGGGGCAGUGAGGAACUGGUGCUUACCCCGGCGCAGCUCAUCCGCAGCCUGGAGCAGGCCUGGCUGAAUGAGAAGUUUGCCCCAGAGCUGCUGGAGAGCAAACCUGAGAUCAUUGAGUGUGUUGUGGAGCAGCUGGACCAUAUGGAGGCAAACCUGAAACGGGCAAAGAGAGGAGACUUGAAGGUCAGUGUUCACCGCAUGGAAAUUGAAAGGAUCCGUUACGUGCUCAGCAGCUACUUGCGAUGUAGGCUUGUGAAGAUAGAGAAGUUUUUCCCCCAUGUCCUGGAGAAGGAGAAGUCUCGAGCCGAAGGGGAACCUUCCAUUCUAUCACCAGAGGAGUUUGCCUUUGCUAAAGAGUACAUGGCAAACACAGAGACUUACCUGAAAAAUGUGGCCCUAAAACACAUGCCGCCCAACCUGCAGAAAGUCUCUCUCCUAAAAUCAGUUCCAAAGCCCAACCUAGACUCCUUUGUGUUCCUGAGGGUGUUGGAGCGACAGGAGAAUAUCCUGGUCAAGCCAGAGACAGAUGAGCAGAG